AUGACUCCACAUGUUUCAGCGUGCAAGGACCGAAGUGCUACUCCAACCGAAGUGCCUUCUAUGGAAUCAGCAAAUACCAGUACGAUUGGAGAUACCCCAUCGGAGGCUGUCGCGCAACCCGUUGUUCGUCCUGAAGCGGUCAAAACUGAAGUAGAGGAAAAAUCUCCGGUCCAAUCGCCACCAACUGAGGCAAUGCAAGUGGAAGAACCAGUCGAAGAGGAAACUCCCACGCAACCAGCCGGUCCUUUAGGGUCGUGGACGCGAGUUAAGAAGGUUGACAGUGGACCAGUAUUCUCGCCUCUUACUGCAAAGUAUCGCGCAGAAGAAGAGCGACAUCGAAAGGAGGCAGAAGCACGAGAAAAGCAACAAGAGAAGUUGGAACCCGUUGUAUUCACAGAAAAGACUAGCGCUGUGUUGACGAAAAAGAGAAUGGAUGAGGACGAUGAUCUAUUUGGCUCAGACCUCGACGAUGACGAUAAAAGAGAAAAGGGAAGUCCUGAAGACAAGAAAUUCUUCUUCAGAAAAGAACUUCGUUCUAUGCUUUACGGUUUUGGAGAUGACAAGGUGCCAUAUGACAAAACCCUCGAGACCCUAGAAGGAAUAGUUUUGGACUACAUUAAAGAGCUAUGCGAGCGAGCAAUGAAUGUUGGAAAACCGGACAAGAUUGCGUUAGAGGAUAUCCAUUACCUGAUCAGACGAGACCCAAAGAAAUUUGCUAGAGUUAAGGAUCUCUUAUCGAUGAGUGAAGAGCUCAAGAAAGCGCGUAAACAAUUUGACGACGUGAAGCAGUUAUGA